AUGAGAAAUGAGCAAUUAGAACAAAAAAAACUAAUUAAAGAGAAUUGGUCACAAGAAUUGGUUUCAGGUGAGGUAGUUAAUAUUAUAUCAGCUCGUUGGUUAAAACUUUGGAAAAAUUAUGUAAAAUAUGAUGACAAUACCACAUUAAACAGUUCAAAUACAACACCACUAAAUUGUUCAACUACCACUAGUACCACUACAACUACUACUACAACUACCACUGCGACAACUAACAAUAAAUCAGUUGAAGAUAAUAAUAAUAGUAGUGCCAAUAAUAAUAAUAAUAAUAGUAUUCAAUUUGAUUCAGCAAAACCAGAAUCAAUAGAUAAUAGAGAGAUUAUAGAAGGUAAUGAUUCAGAGGGUGAACCAAUUGUUUCAAAGAGGGUGACAGAGAAAGAGGAUUAUGAAAUUAUACCAAAUAGAGUUUGGAAACUUUUAGUAUCAUGGUAUCAAGGUGGACCAGAGAUAAAGAGAAAAGUGGUUGAAUUGGGUGUAAGAAAUGAAUUGUAUGUUGAAGUUAGACCACUUCUAGUUGGUGUAAAAUAUCAUCAAUCUCUAAUCAGUGAAUUAUCAAAACUACCACCAUCAUCAACCUCAAACAAUUCCACAAAAGAGUUUUUAUUUCAAAAAAGUUUAAAAUCAUCUCUAAGUGAAUUAAGAGAAUAUAUUGGUAAAGUUGAAAACAUUGAUCCAAUGAAAUUAGUUUUUUACAAUAAUAACAACAGUAAUAGUGGUUCAAUAAAAAUCAAACCAAUUAAAAGAGAUUAUUUAACAUUAGAAGAUUUAAAAUUUGAAAAUUCAAGUCAACUAAUUUUACAUUUUCAACCAAAUAAUAAUUGUCAUAGUAGUAGUAAUUCUUCAUCAUCAGCGUCGUCAUCAGAUCAAUCUUCUUCACAUCAUAAUCCAAAAUUAAUGAAUAAAAUUAGUAAAAAGAUUGGUAAUAUUUUUAAAAAGAAAACACAUCCUGGUAGAUCUUAUUCAGAUCCAUCUUAUUAUCAAAAUAAUGGAAGUAGUAACAACAAUAAUAGUAAUGGUAAUGGUGGUAAUAAUGGUAAUCAAAGUGGUGGAGCAAGUACAACUAAUGGUGGUAUGAAUAUAAGAGAUAAUAGUUCAACUAGUAGUACAAGUAGUUCAAAUUCAAAUGAAAAUUCACCAACUUUUGAACAAAAUGGAUCAACUAAAGAGUUGAUUAGUAAUGGUAAGGUUUGUGGUUUAUCAAACCUUGGUAACACUUGUUUUAUGAAUUCAUCAAUUCAAUGUUUAGCUCAUACAGGACCAUUGGUUGAAUAUUUUCUUAGUGGUCGUUAUUUAGGUGAUAUUAAUAAAACUAAUCCGUUGGGUAUGAAAGGUCAAAUCGCAGAUAUCUAUGGUAAACUAAUGAAAGAUAUGUGGAGUGGUUCAAGUUGUGUAGCACCAAAACAUUUGAAAUGGAUCAUUGGAAAGUAUGCACCACAAUUUAGUGGAAUCUCUCAACAAGACAGUCAAGAACUACUCUCGUUCCUUUUGGAUGGUUUACACGAGGAUUUGAAUAAAGUAAUAAAGAAACCCUAUCAAGAGGAGAAAGAUGAACCAAAGGAACCACGUGAAGACAUUGUUGUCGCCAAUGAACAGUGGGAUAAUCAUAUUAAACGUAAUCAAUCGAUCAUUGUCAAUCUCUUUCAAGGUCAAUAUAAAUCAACAUUGGUUUGUGCAAAAUGUUCAAAAGUUAGUAUCACCUUUGACCCCUAUAUGUUUGUCACUCUACCCAUACCUGUACCAACCGAGAGACUAUUCGAUGUGUUACUCUUUCGUAGGAAGCCACAAAUGGGUUCAGAAGCAUUGGGUCCUGACCCAAAUGGUAUCUACUGUCUAAACAAUGCAAUGUCACCAAUUAAAUAUUGUCUAAAGCUACCAAAACGUGAAGAUGUAGAAACUUUACGUGUUGAACUUUCAAAGAUCGUUGGAAUUGAAUCAUCUUGUAUUGCAUUGGCUGAAACUUUCAAAAAUAGAAUCUACACCUUUUUAAAUGAUCAAAAGAAUCUCAUCUCCAUCAAAGAUAAAGAUGUUACAAUAGCCUAUGAAUUACCACAUGCUGGUGAUGAUAUCUCAAGAAUUCAUGUUAUGCAUAGAAAAAAGAAUGAUCUGACCCUACUUCCUUAUGUAUUAUUAUUAAAUUAUUCUGAAACAACUUGUAAAGAUUUAUAUAGGAUGGUUUGGGAACGUGUUGGUCAUAGAGUUAAAAAAGGUUGGAAAUCUGCAUUAAAACAAAAACUUUCAAAAGAAAAUAUUCAAUUACCAAAUAAUAAUAGUAAUGAAGAAAAUGAAAAUAUAAAUAAUACUAAUAAUAAUAAUACAAAUAAUAAUACAAAUAAUAAUACAAAUAAUCAACAACAACAACAACAAGAUAUUUUAUCAAAUUUUGAAAAAGAUAGUCAUAUUAGUACAAAUGAUGAAAUGUUUGAAGAAGAUGAUACAUCAUCAGUUACAGAUGAUGAAAUGUUUGAAUCAAUUUAUCCAUUUAUAUUGAAAACAACCAAUGGUUAUGGAAAUCAUUGUGAUCGUUGUCCAAAUGGAUGUACUGGUUGUCCAGUGGAAUGUAAUGAUAAACCUUUACAUUCACUCUAUAAGAAUCCAAAAUAUUGGCGUGAAGGUUGUAAUAAUCUAACCAUCGAUUGGAGACCAGAGAUUUUAAAGUAUAUCGAUUUCACAGAACAUGACGAUCCAAAUUCACCAUUCACCGUUCAAGAUAAGAGUAUUCAAUUGAAAACCGAAUUUAGAAAUGAAAUCACCUUGAAUGAUUGUUUACAACUUUAUACAAAGAGUGAAAAACUCGGAACAAACGAUACUUGGUAUUGUCCUCAAUGUAAAGCUCAUAUAGAAGGUUCAAUGAAGAAAUUGGAAUUAUGGAGUGCUCCAAAGAUUUUAGUGGUACAUUUGAAACGUUUCCAUUAUGUUCAUGGCCAUCGUCAUGAGAAAAUUAAUGCUUUUGUCGAUUUCCCGUUGGAUAAUCUUGACAUUUCACAAUGGGUACUCAAUAAAUCAAAUCCUCCUCCGAUCUAUCAAUUGUAUGCUGUCUCCAAUCAUAUGGGUGGUAUGGGUUCUGGUCACUAUACCUCUUGUAUUAAAAAUAACAAAGAUCAAUGGUAUUUAAUUAGUGAUUCCUCUUAUCAUGCUAUCGAUAAAUCAAAAGUUAAAACUUCUGAUGCCUAUGUAUUAUUUUAUGAAUUAAAACAACAACCACCACAACAACCACAAUCAUCCCAAAAUGCUUCAAUACAUCCAAUAAAUUAA